AUGGACUCCGAAGCUGCGACCGCUGCCCCGGUCGCCAUGUUCAAAAAGCGCGGCGCCAAGGGCAAGGCCAACAUUCGCAAGCGUCCCGCGACGCCGCCGCCCGCAGGUAGCGACAGCGACAGCGACUACUCGUCGUCCGAGGACGGGUCGGGCCAGCGCGUCAAGCGCCGCAAGAAGACGGCCGUCGUGACGGCCUCUUCCAAAGCCGUCGGCACCACUGCCCAAAGAGAAGUCACAGCGUCAGCGUAUACGGCCGACCGCAGCGUCCCCAUCACGUCCGCCAACGACGCCACCAAGCAGACCAACUGGUACGACGAGCACGCCGCCGACGCGCUGUCCGCCGAGAACUUACUCGGCUCUUCCGCCGCGCGGAGCACAAAAGCGCCGUCGGAAGGCACAUACAAGGGCCUGGCGAACCAGACGUCGUUUCUCGCGCGGAACCCCGACGCGCCGCAGCGCUCUGUCGGGCCUAUCAAGGCGGCGACCAACAUCCGCACUGUGACUGUCAUGGACUUUGCGCCUGACGUCUGCAAGGACUACAAGAAGACGGGCUUCUGCGGCUUCGGCGACAACUGCAAGUACCUGCACUCGCGCGAGGACGUCAAGCACGGCUGGCAGCUGGACAAAGACUGGGACAUUGCGUCCAAGGGCAAGACGCACUUGGGCGGCACCGUCGUGGCCAGCGCCAACCGCGACACGCCAGCCGUGAAGGGUGAAGAUGCCGAGGAGGAGGCCAUGCUGGAAAAGAUCCCGUUCAAGUGCAUCAUCUGCGAGGGCGACUACCGCGAGCCCGUCCUGACCCGCUGCGGGCACUAUUUCUGCGAGCCCUGCGCGCUGAAGCGCUACCGCAAGGACCCGACGUGCGCGGCGUGCGGCGUGGGCACGAAUGGCGUGUUCAACUCGGCCAAGAAGCUGAAGAAGCUGCUGGAUAAGAAGAAGGAGCGGGCGGAGAGGAAGAAGGAAGAGGAGGAGGCGGCUGAAGAUGUGGCGUAG